UUCCGGAGGAGGGACAGAAACACAUCCAUGAUAGCUCAACCAUGUCCGGAGCGUUAGCAAGGCUGCUCUUCUACCCGACUUUAGCCUACAAUGUUGUCAUGGAGAAGAUGUCCUCCAGGCGGUGGUUUGACCGAGUGGAUGAGACGGUGGUCCUCGGAGCCCUGCCGUUCAGGUCCAUGACCAAGCAGCUGGUGGAAACAGAAAAUGUUAGAGGAGUCAUCACCAUGAACGAGAUGUAUGAGACAAAAUAUUUCUGCAACUCAGCGGAGGAGUGGCAGGCCGCAGGGGUGGAGCAGCUGAGGCUGAGCACUGUUGACCUCACUGGCGUCCCCAGUCUGGAGAACCUCCACCGAGGAGUGGAGUUUGCCCUGCAGCACCGAGAGCAGGGAACCAGCGUGUAUGUCCACUGCAAGGCCGGACGCUCCCGCAGCGCCACACUGGCUGCUGCAUACCUCAUCCGGUUACACUGUUGGACUCCGGAGGAGGCCUGUAAGAAGCUGGCGUCUGUUCGACCCCACGUCCUGGUGCGUUCUGCUCAGCUGGAGAUGCUCAGGGAAUACUACCAACAGGUGUGUGGACAGUCCACCUGAGAGCACAGCGCGACAGGUCACACCUCAUUAUGUUCCCAGCAUCUGGAAGACUGGACUCAGAGCUUUGUUUAAAGCCACAAUGACAUGAAAUGCAGUUGUUUUAUCAAUCAUUCCUCCAUAUCAUAGUGUGCACCCACUGAAGAGUAAAUGCCAAACAUAUUGUUCAACCUUCUGUGUUUUUUCUUUUAAAUCAAAUUUCAAGAAUUUUAUUGGCAAAUAGCAGAUUUUAAUGGUUAAUUUCUGACAGAUCAGUAAGCAGAAACACUAUCAUGUAAAAAACUUCAACGUGAGAGUGUCAGCAUGGGAGAGCGAAACCAUCUCUUCUAUCAAUCCCUGACUCUCUGGUUUUAGUGUAAAGGUAAAACGUAUUAAUUUGAUUUGAUUUGAUUUUGAAUUUGAUUUCUGAAAUUAGUGAAUUACGUUAAAAGAAAUGUAAAAAUUUUAACUUUUAAAUACGUGAAGUCACUUUUUGUGAUUUUUCCCUCAAGCUGUUAUCCUGCUUCAGCCAAAAUUUCUUUCAAAUUCCAUAAGAAACAAAACAGCAUUGAAAUAAUCUAUAAUAUAAGCACUCCACUUGACUGAACUGUGCUUGUUACAUUUUGACUUCAGUGGCACAACAAGAGAAGGACAUUUUAGUGCACUGUACACCAGUGAAAUGGUUACUGAGUGCCCUGGAAAUCCUUUUAUUUCAGUUUGCCCCGGUGCCUCAUAACUUAAAAAAUACUGAGCAUGAUGUUAAAUAAAAUAUUUGUGAGAUGAA